AAAAGACAAAAAUGAUCGAUAAAAAAAGUACUUAAAAAAAAGUUAUGAUAAUAAGAGAAACUUAUAAGUUAUGUAGUUAUGUAGUUAAUUUUAUAUGGAAGAAAUUAUAACACGUAAGAAUGUUUAUAAUCAGUUGGCAAUUAGUAGACCAAUGAUCUUACGGAAGUAGUUGAAAAUAAACAAACCUCCGAUACAACUAAGGAACAAAAUAUUUUCAUGUGGCAUUAAUCUUAUUUUUUCAUUGUACAAAGUUGAAUGAAUUAACAAAUAAAAAAAAAUUUGCUCAAAUUUAUAGGGUAGUCUUGUAUUGUUAAGAGAUGUCAUUAACUUUUCAACAAAUCAUACUGGAUGCUAAAAAAUUAGUGAUUAGAAUAUCAGAUCACGAAAAUACAGCAGAUAAUUUAAUAAGCGAAAUAGAAUCAGUUUGUAGUCAAAUUGCUAAUAUGAAGCAGUAUCAGGAAGAAGUUGAAAUUUUAAAUACUGAAGCAAAACAAAGACCACAUGUACAAUUAAUCUCAGGGAUACAGAGAGAAAUUAAACACUUGCAAGAAUUACAAGCUGAAAAUAAGGAAUUAAAAAAGACACUGGAAGACCAUCAUCAUGCUCUUGAAUUAAUUAUGUCUAAAUACAGACAACAAACAGCAUCUUUGUUACGUCUUUGUAAAACAGAUCUUUCUUCAUUGCACAAUGCAAAAUAUGCUAAUAUAAUCACUAAUCAAGCAGAAAAGAUUAAUGAAAUGGCAGCAGUAAUGAAAACUGCCGUUGCUUUGGACGAAGAAAAUGAGAUGAAAGAAAAAGAAGUAUAUAGCAGUUUGAAAGAAGAAAAUACUACGUUACGAGAAAUAGUUAAUAUUGCGAAUAAGUAUUGCAUCUUAAAUAAAGAAACUGAAGUAGAAAGUAAAACUGUACAAACUGAUCCAGUAGCAUCUUAAAAAAAAUUUACAAUUUAUAUUUCUCUUAUAUACAAUUUAUAUUUCUUUCUUAUUAAAUUUCGUAUUAUUUAUUUCAUAUUUUAUAAUAUAAUUAAUGUUAGAACAAUGUAUUAAUUGUAUGUAAUAAAAUGCACGUAUAAAGUAUAA